GUCGUGUGGGUCCUACUUAUAGACAAUGCGAACACUUUUAUUUAAAUAGCAAUACCAGAGCCGCAGUCAUCGAUACCUCUUCUAUCAUUGUAAACGGCACUCAAAUGUGGACAGUCCCUCAAACGGGCUACUAUACACCGGGUCUGAUGCCUGUGGCAGAAGUGACUUAAUCCCAAAUGCGGUGCGGGUGGUGGUGGGGGCGGCACUUAUGAAGAUCAAAAUUUGGUUCCACUUAUAA